AUGGCCGCACUCACAGACACGUCGUCCACGUCAGAAAUAACCCUUGCCCUCAUUGCAGACAUCCACGGAGACAAGUGUCUAUUGACCAAGGACACACCUCUCCAUUCAGCGGAAGAUGACAACGUCUUGGAAAUCCACUCACCCAGUGAAAUAUUACUUGCGUCAAAGGAUUGUGUCAUCGAGUCCUAUCCUGAAGGUGCCUGGGACCACACCACUCACACGCUGACAGCAACAACAAAAUCAGGACCUCACAAUGUUCUUACCUUUGCUGAUUCCGCCGCCAAUAAACAUUGUUUCGUCGAGCGCUCCGAUUUCACCACAUAUUUCCCUCUUACAAAGCCAGACGAGGGUCAACCUGCAAAUAAAGGAGGUCAGUUUUGCAUUAUUGGACACAGCGCCGUAAUGAAGACAAUUGUCUCGGGGGGAUUGAGGACGACUAUCACCUUCAAGGACGCCGUCCACACGCCUGACCUCAUAGUGGUGUUGCACAAUCCUCGACGGAUUUUACUUAGAAUUCAAAUUCCAAUCGAUCUACGGAUCCAGAAUUUUUAUUUGUGGCACCUGUGCCGAGAUACCCUUGAAAAUCAGCACUUUUACAUGGUUAAAGGCUAG